UCAAAGUCAAUGCAGAAGUCGUCGAUGUUUACGCCGCGAAGAAGAGAACCUUAGCUAAUAUCAGUUAGCCUGAGAUAUAAAUGUAGCAACAGUCAACGGUUAUAGGUUGUGUCUGUUUGUCUGGCACUCUCUGCUGUGCAGGUGUCGAAGAAAACAAAACUCUUAUGCAGCGAGCUAAGAUUAGGGUCACAUUAAAGUUUCCGUGACAGCGACCGAGAAGAUGGAGAAACAGUUGCAUUUGAACCUGUUAGCUUCCAGACCUCCUAUGCCGGGUGGCUUUCAGUCUAGCUCUAAAAUGAAGAUGGGGCCUGGACGAAGGAGAGAUUUCACCCCGUUGUCCUGGAGUCAGUAUUUUGAAACCAUGGAAGAUGUUGAAGUAGAAAACGAAAACGGCAAAGAUAUUUUCCGAGUUUACUGCAGCGGUGCUCACGGUCCUGUGCUGCUCCUGCUGCAUGGAGGAGGACACUCUGCUCUCUCCUGGGCUGUCUUCACUGCUGUUAUCUAUAACAGGAUUAACUGCCGGGUGGUGGCGGUGGACCUUCGAGCUCAUGGUGACUCUAAGGUGAAAAAUUCAGAAGAUCUCUCGGCAGACACUAUGGCUAAGGAUGUCGGCAAAGUGGUAGAGGCACUUUACGGAGAAAGCCCACCGCCAAUCAUGAUGAUUGGGCACAGCAUGGGCGGAGCCAUAGCUGUCCACACCGCCGCUGCAAAUCUCAUCCCAUCGCUGCUCGGCCUCUGCGUCAUUGACGUUGUUGAGGGCACGGCAAUGGACGCUCUGAACAGCAUGCAGAAUUUUCUCAGAAGUAGGCCCAAUAUGUUUAAAUCGCUGGAAAACGCCAUCGAGUGGAGCGUCAAGAGCGGCCAAAUCCGAAACAUCGAGUCGGCGCGCGUGUCGAUGGGAGGCCAAGUUAAAAAAUGUGAGGAGUCCACCAGGAGCCCGGUGGUCUCCAAUAGCAUCGGUGAAGGCAUCAUAGAAGAAGACGAGGAUGAAGAAGGGGAAGAAGAGUCCAGCAAGAAAAAAAUGAAGGAAGACGACCAAGAGACAAAGAAGGAAAGUCCCUUCACGUGGCGAGUUGAUUUGGCCAAGACGGAGAAGUACUGGGAGGGCUGGUUUAAAGGCCUGUCCGCACUUUUCCUCACCUGCUCCGUGCCAAAACUGCUCCUGCUCGCAGGAGUGGACAGGCUUGACAAAGACCUUACCAUAGGUCAAAUGCAAGGGAAGUUUCAAAUGCAGGUCCUCCCUCAGUGCGGUCAUGCUGUCCAUGAGGACGCACCUGAAAAAGUAGCAGAUGCUCUAGCAACUUUCAUGGUCCGGCACAAAUUCACUGACUUUAAGGAAGGAUACAUGUGUUAAUCAGAAGAAGCAUCAUCAUUGUUCAAAUGCAGAUACACACUAUAAAAAAGCCACACUUUUCUUUUCUGUAGAUACUUUGCCUUUCAGCUUUGCCUUAUUUUAUUGUAAAACACAAUUUGUUUGUAUUCAUUCAUUUGCUAUUAGUUUUUUUUUUUUUUUUUCAAUGUAAAGCUCCCCGUUUGUUUUGCGUUAAGUGCUGUUAUAAUGUUUGUGAGUCGGAGGGAUUACCGUAAUAAAGUGUAAUGUGCUUUUUUAAUGUGUAAAUUUUAGCAAUAUGUCCCCGUAGCAACAUCAACAUGGCUGCUCUAUUAAUUAACAGUUGAAUGGACUGUUAUUUAUGAACUGUUCGAAACGGCAUUAGAGCCACAGAAAUGAUUACAAAUUCUAAUUACAAAUUAUACUUUACUGCAAUCAACUAGGCACGUACAAUAUUGUACAAAAAAACAAAUUUUCUAUGUUUUGAAUGAUUGCCGAGCGAGAUGUGAACAGCAAAAUUUGGAACGUUAAUGUUAACAUUGCACAUUAACAUGAGACGCACAAAGUGAAUUUGCGCUUAAUGUAUUUCUUGAAAUAAAAUGAAGAUUUAAACAAUUGUUGUCUCUUUACACAUAGGAAAUCUUAGUAUUAGGUUGAAACUACCUAAAAAA